UUCCCUAGCAUCGUAGCUGUAGAACAUUGCGGGAAAACGAACAGAAGGGGGGGUUCAUUCACUGUAUCUCGAAUUUUCAUAUUUGUGUCCCAUUAGCGCACAACACAGUACCUAAUAUCACGGAGUAUUUUGUUCUGUUAUCGGCCAAAGCUGUGCAGUGGCGACCCGAGAAGGGCUUUUCUUGUGUUCUUUCAUCCUGAGCGGCGGGGAAUUGGACACACGCUGAUGGCGGUCACCAUCGAGGAUCUUUAUCGAAACUACGGGAUCCUUGCUGAUGCUAAAGACAACUUGAGCCAGCAUAAAGAUGCGUAUCAAGUGAUUUUAGAUGGGGUGAAGGGUGGUGCCAAGGAAAAGCGACUGGCAGCACAGUUUAUUCCUAAAUUUUUCAGCAGCUUUCCAGAGUUGGCCGAUGCAGCCAUUAAUGCCCAGCUCGAUCUCUGUGAGGAUGAAGAUGUGUCUAUCCGCCGACAAGCCAUCAAAGAGUUACCCCGGUUUGCAACUGUCGAUAACAUCUUCAGAGUUGCAGAUAUCCUGACCCAGCUCCUUCAAACAGAUGAUACAGCAGAGUUCAACCAAGUGAAUGCAGCUCUACUUUCUAUAUUCAAACUGGAUGCUAAAGGUACCCUUGGAGGUCUCUUCUCUCAGAUUAUUCAAGGGGAGGACGUUGUGCGAGAAAGAGCCAUCAAGUUUCUAUCCUCCAAACUGAAGACGCUACCAGAGGAUGUCAUGUCAAAGGAGGUGGAAGAGUUUGUCUUUGCAGAAACAAAGAAGGUGAUGGAGGAUGUGACAGGAGAGGAGUUUGUGCUUUUGAUGCGUGUGGUGUCUGGUCUGCGAGUGCUGCAGUCGGUCAAUGGGCGGCAGCAGCUCGUAGAGUUGGUGGUGGAUCAAGCUGACCUGGAACAAGCCCUCAAUCCAGCAGACCCAGAUGCUGUGGACCGCCUCCUGCAGUGCACACGUCAAGCCUUACCGUUGUUUUCUAAAAAUGUCCAUUCCACUCGAUUUGUAACGUACUUCUGUGAACACGUCCUGCCCAACCUCAGCACCCUGACAAGUCCUGUGGCAGAACUGGACAUUCAGCUGGAGGUGCUGAAGCUGCUGGCUGAGAUGAGUCCGUUCUGUGGAGACAUGGAGAAGCUUGAGGCUAAUCUCAGCAUUAUGUUUACCAAGCUUCUGGAGUUCAUGCCCUUGCCACCAGAAGAAGGGGAGAAUGGCGAGAGCUCGGCAAACGAGGAGCCCAAGCUUCAGUUCAGUUACGUCGAGUGUCUCAUCUUCAGCUUCCACCAGCUGGGCAAGAAGCUCCCCGACUUCCUCGUUGAUAAAGUGGACGCUGAGCGCCUGAAAGACUUCAAGAUCAGGUUACAGUAUUUUGCCCGCGGCCUGCAGGUUUACAUCAGACAACUGCGAGUAGCUCUGCAAGGAAAGACGGGAGACGCUCUGAAGACGGAUGAAAACAAGAUCAAAGUGGUGGCCCUUAAGAUCACAAACAACAUCAAUGUGCUCAUCAAGGAUCUCUUCCACAACCCUCCAUCAUACAAGAGCACCGUUACUCUGUCCUGGAAACCCGUCCAGAAGCCGGAGGCUGUAGCGGCGAAGCGUCUUUCAAGUGAAGAAAUGGGAUCUGGGGGAAGCGCCAAAAAACAGAUCGCCCCUUUGCCUCGGCGGGACGCACGGCAAAUUUACAACCCCCCCAGUGGCAAGUACAGUGCCUCUAUUGGCAACUUUGAGCAGCGCGGCGGCUUUCGGGGCGGCCGAGGACGAGGCUUCGGAGCCAGAGGCAGCAGGAGCCGGGGCCGAGUCUACUGAGUGUACGCUUUGCUCUUUAACUGCAUCACAUCAGGAUCUUUUCCUCGCAGCACAGACCAGUUCGCAUCUUCUGUAUUUUUUUUUUUUAAGGGUUCACUUUCU